AUGCUUUUCGAUCUAUGUAAUACUAAUAAGAUUUUUAAAUAUCCAACUAAAAGUACGCAAUCUUAUUCAUUCCUUUAGUUUGCAUCAAUCAAUUGUUGUUUAAGAAAAAGUGAUAUUCUUUUUACUCAUUCUAAUAGAUUAUUAGCAAAAUAUUAUUUUAACUCUUAUGAUUUGUUAUUCCUAUUUGUUUUUAUUAAUAAGACCUAAAAGUUCUUUGGCAUUGAAAAUGAAUUGAAUGAACUGCAAUUAUUGACCAUGCAAUUGGAUUCAUUUUAAUGGUUGUGGGAAUUAUCAUGUCAAAUAUUUUAUUAGUUUGAUAGUAGUCUUUGUAUUACAGCAACCAUAAUGCAAGAGAUGGAUGGCACCAUAAAAUUUUGA